CUCAUUCAUUGCCACCGGUCCUCGGGUACGCAGCUCCGGCCUCGUCACCGCCCUCCCUCCGCCGGUGACGCCCCCGCAAAGGCUUGGCCGUCGCCGAGGCCUCCUCUCCGCGACUCGUCGCAGCUGGAUUCUCUUUCCGCCGGGUCAUUCCCUCUCACCGCAACCAUUGACGCCAUGUCGAGUUAUUCCAGUGACCGAGACCGCGGCCGGGAUCGAGGAUUUGGUGCACCAAGAUUCGGAGGGAGUAGAACAGGACCCCUCUCUGGAAAGAAGUUUGGAAAUCCUGGGGAGAAACUAGUUAAAAAGAAGUGGAAUCUUGAUGAGCUGCCCAAAUUUGAGAAGAAUUUUUAUCAGGAACACCCUGAUUUGGCAAGGCGCACCGCGCAAGAGGUAGAUACAUACAGAAGAAGCAAGGAAAUUACAGUUCGGGGUCACAACUGUCCAAAACCUGUUCUGAAUUUUUAUGAAGCAAACUUUCCUGCAAAUGUCAUGGAUGUGAUUGCAAGACAGAACUUCACUGAACCCACUGCUAUUCAAGCUCAGGGCUGGCCAGUUGCUCUAAGUGGAUUGGAUAUGGUUGGAGUAGCUCAGACUGGAUCUGGGAAGACCUUAUCUUAUUUGCUGCCUGCCAUUGUCCACAUAAAUCAUCAGCCAUUCCUAGAGAGAGGUGAUGGGCCUAUUUGCUUGGUGCUGGCACCAACUCGAGAACUGGCCCAGCAAGUGCAGCAAGUCGCUGCUGAAUACUGUAGAGCUUGUCGCUUGAAGUCUACUUGCAUCUAUGGUGGUGCUCCCAAGGGACCACAGAUUCGUGAUUUGGAAAGAGGUGUGGAAAUCUGUAUUGCAACACCUGGAAGACUGAUUGACUUUUUAGAGUGUGGGAAAACCAACCUGAGAAGAACAACUUACCUUGUCCUUGAUGAAGCUGAUAGGAUGCUUGAUAUGGGAUUUGAACCCCAAAUACGGAAAAUUGUGGAUCAAAUAAGACCUGAUAGGCAAACCCUAAUGUGGAGUGCAACUUGGCCAAAAGAAGUAAGACAGCUUGCUGAAGAUUUCCUGAAAGACUAUAUUCACAUCAACAUUGGUGCACUAGAACUGAGUGCAAACCAUAACAUUCUUCAGAUUGUGGAUGUGUGUCAUGAUGUAGAAAAGGAUGAAAAACUUAUUCGUCUAAUGGAAGAGAUCAUGAGUGAGAAGGAGAAUAAAACCAUUGUUUUUGUUGAAACCAAAAGAAGAUGUGAUGAACUUACCAGAAAAAUGAGGAGAGAUGGGUGGCCUGCCAUGGGCAUCCACGGUGACAAGAGUCAACAGGAACGUGACUGGGUUCUAAAUGAAUUCAAACACGGAAAAACUCCUAUUCUGAUUGCUACCGAUGUGGCCUCCAGAGGGCUAGAUGUGGAAGAUGUGAAAUUUGUCAUCAAUUAUGACUACCCUAACUCCUCAGAGGAUUAUAUUCAUCGAAUUGGAAGAACUGCUCGCAGUACCAAAACAGGCACAGCAUACACUUUCUUUACACCUAAUAACAUAAAGCAAGUGAGUGACCUUAUCUCUGUGCUUCGGGAAGCUAAUCAAGCAAUUAAUCCCAAGUUGCUUCAGUUGGUCGAAGACAGAGGUUCAGGUCGUUCCAGGGGUAGAGGAGGCAUGAAGGAUGAUCGUCGUGACAGAUACUCUGCGGGCAAAAGGGGUGGAUUUAACACCUUUAGAGACAGGGAAAAUUAUGACAGAGGUUACUCUAGUCUGCUGAAGAGAGAUUUUGGGGCUAAAACUCAGAAUGGUGUUUACAGUGCUGCAAAUUACACCAAUGGGAGCUUUGGGAGUAAUUUUGUAUCUGCUGGUAUACAGACCAGUUUUCGGACUGGUAACCCAACAGGGACUUACCAGAACGGUUAUGAUAGCACUCAGCAAUAUGGAAGUAAUGUUGCAAAUAUGCACAAUGGUAUGAACCAACAGGCAUAUGCAUAUCCUGCUACCGCAGCUGCUGCGCCUAUGAUUGGCUAUCCGAUGCCAACAGGGUAUUCUCAAUAAGACUUUAGAAGUAUAUGUAAAUGUCUGUUUUUCAUAAUUGCUCUUUAUAUUGUGUGUUAUCAGACAAGAUAGUUAUUUAAGAAACAUGGGAAAUGCAGAAAUGACUGCAGUGCAGCAGUGAUUAUGGUGCACUUUUUUCGCUAUUUAAGUUGGAUAUUUCUCUACAUUCCUGAAACAAUUUUUA